AACACAUCGUUGCAGUUGGUGGUGGCUAGCUACCUACCAGCAGCAGGUCAGGAUGCGUGCAGCAUGGGAGCUCAGUUUUUGGAAUCGGGGGGAAUUAAGCUCUUCCGAAUACUAAUAAUAUGAAAUCUACAAUUUACAAGGCAGGGACAGUCUCCUCUUGGAUUAAAUAAAGAAAGGGUUUCGGGAUGAGGGAACGGGCCCCUGUCACCCCCUCCGGGGGCAUCACUCCAAUGCAGCAAAUGCUUGCCUCUGGGACUGGAGCCCUCCUCACAUCCCUGUUUGUCACACCACUGGACGUAGUGAAGAUAAGACUGCAAGCCCAAGGAUCACCAUUCUAUCAAGCUUUGGCUGUUGAUUCUGUGCCCUGGAGCAAUGUUAUACGUCCAUCUAAGUGGAAAUGCUUUGUGUACUGUAAUGGGCUCAUGGACCACCUCUAUGUUUGCCAGAAUGGCGCAAGCUGCACCAGCUGGUACAAGACUUCCACACAUUUCAGCGGAACCCUAGAUGCGUUUGUCAAGAUCACGCGCAAUGAAGGAGUGAGGUCUCUGUGGAGUGGGCUGCCUCCAACGCUAGUGAUGGCGGUACCAGCCACUGUGAUCUACUUCACAUGCUACGACCAGCUGAGGGACUUCCUGUGCUUCGGGAUGGGCUACCAGGGGAUUCAGGUCCCCCUAGUGGCAGGAGGCCUCGCCAGAUUGGGUGCGGUGACUGUCAUCAGCCCCCUGGAGCUGGUGCGCACCAAGAUGCAGUCUCGGCAGCUGACCUACAGCGAGCUGCGGGUGUGCAUCCGGUCCUCCGUGGCCCAGGAAGGCUGGCUGUCCCUGUGGAGGGGCUGGGGACCCACUGUCCUGCGGGAUGUGCCCUUCUCAGCCCUGUACUGGUUUAACUACGAGCUGGUGAAGGCCAAACUGUGUGCUGGCUACAGCUUAUCGGAGGCCUCCUUCAUGAUGAGUUUUGUCGCCGGGGCAAUCUCCGGGGCGGUAGCAGCAGUGAUGACCCUGCCCUUUGACGUGGUGAAGACGCAGAGGCAGAUUCAGUUGGGGGAGAUGGAGAUGCUGGCAGCUCCAGCUAAGAAGCCCUCAUCCACCUGGCAGAUCAUGAGUAGGAUCCUGGCUGAUUCGGGCUAUAGGGGACUCUUUGCAGGCUUCCUGCCCAGAGUGGUGAAGGUGGCCCCGGCCUGUGCGGUCAUGAUCAGCACUUACGAGUUUGGGAAGACCUUCUUCCAGAAGCUGAACCGGGAGCGCGCUUUGCGGGCUCUUUGAGAGCCACUGCCCCAGUCCACUGCAGGGUGACUCCGGAAAACACGUUCCCAUCCAUCCAAACAGUUUAAAACAAGCACAUUCAGCCUCUAAGAUAUGAUGGGGGCUUAAUUUAUUAGCACUUAACGGCAAAGUCACGUUGUCUGAAAUAUGUUAUUGAGUGUCGCAAAGAAAAUGAUCAAUACAUUUUAAGAGAAUCCAUGAAAAAGGGUAUUUUAUGGCUGAAGAUUUAAGUCAUUAUGUGUCCAAACUCAGUCUAGCUUCUAGACCAGGGUUGCCGACCCCUGUUCUAGUCCCUUGUGCAGUUGUUGGGCUAUCUACCCACAAACAUUAGUUUGAUGUAGACAUCAAAGUAAUUGCACCAUAAGGCUUACAUACAAGAGAUUACACAUAGUAUACUACUAUGCAAUCGUAUACAACACCAUCUGGCUCACCACCACUCUGUGGCCUUAGCCCCACUCAGUGGCAUUUUAAACUGUUUGGAUUGUGUAUUUCUGACCUGAAGGGGGUAGUAACCCAAACCGCAAUGUUGGAAACAUUUCGAACUGAGAAACCUGAGAUUUCAUUUGCUGUAAAAGCGUGCCUUUUCCCCUUGACUCUUGGCACAUUGUUACUAAGGAUCCAACGUUUCUGCUCAGAGGCACCACCGGCUGACCCAGCCUGGGAACAGUUCUCAGGUGUGGCCGUGCGUGGAGAGGAAUGGGCAGUUGGAAGGUAUGCUUGGCUGGCUGAGCUGGUCCGUUCUGCUGCCUGGCUGUGCAUGAUAUGGAGACAUGGCAACAAGACAAACGGACGAGACCUCUGGCAGCGCCUAUUGUGGACUGAUACAUGCAUGAGAAACACACCCGUCAGCUGCAUCUCCAACUUCAUAAGCUUUUGUUCCGUUAGUUAUGUCCGUCUUAUUUUGCGUUAGAUAUUUUUUUUCUUUGUAAGCGAAUGUGUGAAUAUCGGGGCUAUGAUAUUGGCUCAACUGCACUCUGCCCAUCACAGUUCCUUCUAGGAGAGCUUGGUGAUGGUCCUAAAAGGCAUUUGAAUUGGUCGGCUUGCAGAAUUGAGGAAGGUCUGGCAUUUCCUCACCCUCUGAAUGUCGACAUUUGAACCAGACUCCUAUAGCAUGUGUGGACAUUCAAGAGACUGCCGAGGCCUUGGGAUGGAAUCCCUGCUAGCUCCUUGGUCGAACUGUGACUUCCAGGUCAACCAAUGAUCUCCCCACUGGCAUUCAAUAACCAACCCACUGUGAAACCACCUCCGGGACGCGGACCGCUUGAGUCUUGUCGCAGACAAAGCCAGGAUGAACCACUCGAUAGUGAGACAAGAUCGAGUUGUCAGGCAAGAAUAUUUCCAUAGUUCAAUACGUAGCAAUAUUGACUUAUUGAUGACAGCAGUUGUGCUUUACCUUUUGUUUGGUAAGUGUCUUACAUGUUCAUUUCUGCCUACUGCAUCCUUCAGCAGGAUAAUUGCCUCAGACACUUCUGCUGUUAUUUUCUGGUUUGAUCAACCUCUUUGUUCUAAUUUUAGACAGUGAUAGGACAUUGAUGAAGGGAUCAAUUAAGGCAGACCACUAUUCUAAAGUAAUCAACCUCAGGAAACUGAAGGGAUAUUUAAUAUUCUCUCCCACUGGGUAGAUUGGAGACUGACAACCAACUAUUGAUCAAUGGAGAUUGGGCCAUGUUGAUCUGCUGCGAUGUAUUUCCAGUGAUUACUUUUUUUUUUUUUUUUAAUGUUCUCAUGAACUUUGGUCAUACUCAAAUGUAAGCUUGAAAGGAUAAUAAAGCUUGUAUUUGAUAA